AUGUUCAGAAGAUGUUCCCUCCAAGCGAUCGAUAACCUCUUGAUUGACACUGCCUCUACACCACUCGAUUUCCUGGAGACCUGCGAGCAUGUGAUGGACAUAUGCAAGAAAGCUUUUGCGUGGAGUCUGUGCAAAGAAGCUGUCUCUCCACAAGUAGUAGUAGACAAUAUAGCCACUGCCUACCUUCUUGUUUAUCAUCUUGUUUCUCACCCAUGCUCAAACAUACCCGAUGCUACUCCAAAGUCUGGUCAGGUUAUGGAGAGCCAACAAUUAUAUCUCGUGCAUGAGAAAAUGAAAACUAUAAUCGAACAGCAUCUUGUAGACAAGGUUUUACCGAAGUUUCACUCCUGCUUGGCUUCACAUGACUUAAUCAUUGAAUUAUAUGUUGAGCAGUGGAAGUUUUUCCUGGUUUGUGUCGCAAACCUAAAGGCAAUAUUUUCAUAUCUUCUCCAAGUUUAUAACUCUAUAGAACACCCAGAUAAUACACUUAAAAAUACAGAGGAUACUGCAUUGCUGAAAUGGUCUGAUAUUAUUCUUACUGAAGAAAUUCAACAAUAUCUUGCCCACGAAUUGUUGGACUUAGCUGCCGAGAACAGGCAGAAUGAGAACGUUCUGGAGUACAAAGAGAGUUCCUUUUCUGUUGAAUCGCACAAUCAUUUGUAUUCUGAGAUGAAUGAAUUAGCGAGUCAGACAACAGCCGUCAAUCCUGAUCAGUGUAAUAAAGCCUCCUAUGUGAGCGAAGUAAGAGAUGCGUUAGUAAUACUACCAAACCUAGAAUUCUAUAGGACAAUUAUUGAGGACAAUUACAUUUGUGAAAUGUGUCACUACUACACCACUGAAUCUGCACGAUUGGAGCGCCUAGGAAUUUAUGAGUAUUCGAUUAGAGGCUUAAAAUUGAUUGAGAAGGAAACAGAACAGGCUGGCCAAUAUCUUUUGUCGAAGCGUGUCGCUCUUGACAGACUUGUGGAUGUUUUCGUGGACCAGCAUGAACUUUUCUUUGAAGCCUCGCCUUUAGGGAAAUGGCUUGGAGAAAAUUAUGAAAGCAAUCAAGAUAAGAUCCUGUCCGUAUACAAGUUACUUUCUCUGAGUGAGAACGUCGGGAUUCCUUUCAUUGAGUCUCUCUUUACGAAGACCGUCACAAACUUGAUAGCAUCUGAAAUCGAAAGGGUGAUAAUGGCAACUGGAGGGGAUACAUAUGGCCGAAUUAUUCACUCUUUUCUUGGCAUAGUAAAGCAGCUGAAAAGCCUCGUUGCAGAUGUAUUUUUUAGUAACGUAGGAAUGAUUGAGGCAAUGGAAACGGGUAUAAGACAGAGCAUUUUACAAUGUAGUGAAUCGACGAAUUUCAAAUCAUUGGCUAAGCGCCUUGCAUCGCUUUCCUCAGACGCACUUAUUAGAUCUAAAGACGAAGCUGACGCUACUCUAACGAUAGAAGACAUUGUCUGUGUCUACUACUUCUUACCCGAUGUUGAGCCAUCAGUGAAGGAAACUUUUCUGAUCGAAUACCAAAAUCGUCUUGCUCGAAGAUUAUUAUUUGAAGAGUAUGAUUUAUCUCGUGAGAAGAGAGUUCUUAGUUUAUUGGCCCAAGUUCAGCAAAGCCAAACAUUAUUUUUCUGCAGAAGUAUGAUUAAAGACAUUGACACUGAAGUUGCUCGUCUGAAAAGCUUUGUAAAGGAUGGUAUCGCUGUCUCGCCAACUAUGAUUUCUGGAGGGAUGUGGCCACCUUUGCCUACAAUAGACCCAAGGCUACCAGAGCCUUUAGACAAAAUAGUGCAACAAAGUCACCAGGAAGCCGUGCAAAAGCACUUUAGGUGCCAGGUUAAAUUAUCAGCAGGAUUUUCUUCCGGGAUAUUAGUUGUGAAUUUCCCCAAGAAGCCCUCAUUUCGUUUGCGUGUGUCUUUGCUGCAACUACGUAUAACAUUGUGUUUUAACACAAAGGCUGAGUGGAGAUUGAGUGAUCUAUGUGAAAGAAUCGGCUGUUCAGAAACCGAGUGUUGUUCUAGUUUAGAGCCGUUAAUUAAAAGGACAAUUUUGCAAAGUGUCUAUCCCUUGGAGGCAAUUUCUGUUAUACGAGUUGGAACUUUUAGAAAAAUCAACUUUUCAAAUGAUUUGAAUUUGAUACCUGACACUUCUCGCGAACCACUUAUUUUGCUCACUAAUUCCAAUACAAAUGGCACUACAGACACUAAGCCCCAGCUUAGUUCGUAUGCCAUCGAGAGCCGGAUUGUUCAGUUGCUGAAAAGUAAAGGUCCGCAGCCUCUAGAUCAGCUUCUUCAGCAUUUGAAUGAUAUUUUCCAUCCAUUGCAGGUGAGCGUAUUAGAAUUAAAAAAGCAGUUGGAAGGUUUACUUUCUCGCAGGUUUAUUGAACGUGAUGAACACAAAUGCUUCAAACUUAUUCCCUGA